AUGGCAACAGGAUCUGACGGUGGGGAUUUGUCCGAACGAGCCUCCAAGAUGGCGGGUUAUGAGAAUUGUGAGGAGGUUUCGUUUCGUUCCCCUGGUGGUCUUGUUUUCGAACCUCUUAGUGAAGAUGAGGAGGAGGGAGAAGAGGGGGGUGGGAAAACAAGAGGUGGUGGUGGUAUCACCCCUCUCCCAUCCCGGCCCCCACGGCUGCUGGCAGUGCUGAGUGUGGACGGAGGGGGAGUGAGGGACGCCAUUCCCACGCAGAUAUGCGUGCGACUUGAAGCCAUGCUGCAGGAGAGAUGCGGGGAUCCCAACGUGCGACUGGCUGACUUCUUUGACCUCUUUGCUGGCACCAGUGGCGGUGGUCUCCUAGCGCUCAUGCUCACAGCGCCGCACAGGGCAACAGGGCGACCGGCCAUCAGGGCUCAGGACGUGGCAGACUUCUGGACACUCCACUCCAAGCACAUCUUUAGACGGCGAUUCUGGCCGCGAUGGGCCGCUACACUCAGGAAUAUAUGGCGGCCCAAAUACAAGGUCAAGGUUCUAGAGCAGCUUCUGCGUCAUUUCCUCAGACAGCACUGUGGUGCGGCGGACCUCAGCCUAUCAGAGGCUGUCAAGCCCCUCCUGCUUACGUCAUAUGACAUCAGCGCCGCCCGGCCGUACUUCUUUCUCAGCCUGAGGGCUCUGUCUGAUUCGAGCCAUGACUUCCCUCUUAUCCAGGCAAGUUAUAUGUGA